CUAUCCCUUUACAAACGACGAGGGCGUUCAUUUCAAUUUUGGAAAAGAUGGCGUCCUCCACACCGCUUGGAAAGGGAAAACGACAGCUAGUCGACGCAAGCUAUGAUGACGAUAGCGAUGAUGAUUACGCAGUUCCUUCCAAGACUCCUAAAGGAACCAAAGAGGACAAGAGUAGGAGCUGCCCCUAUCUGGACACCAUCAAUAGAGGCCUGUUGGAUUUUGAUUUUGAGAAGCUGUGUUCUGUCUCAUUGUCUCAUUUGAAUGUGUACGCGUGUCUUGUCUGCGGAAAAUACUUUCAAGGUCGUGGACAGAAGUCCCAUGCAUACACACACAGCGUCUACAUCAAUCACCAUGUGUUCCUUAACCUGCACACCCUCAAGUUCUACUGCUUGCCCGACAACUAUGAGAUCAUCGAUUCCUCACUGGAGGAUAUCACUUAUGUUCUGAAGCCAACCUUCACAAAGAAACAGAUUAAACUACUAGACAAGGAUCCCAAAACAUGUCGAGCUUACGACACCACCAUGUACACUGCUGGUAUAGUAGGACUUAACAACAUCAAGGAGAAUGAUUACUGCAAUGUUCUCUUACAUGCUUUGUCUGGUGUUGUGCCGAUGAGGAAUUACUUCUUGCGGGAGGAGAACUAUGGUGAUAUUAAGCUGCCUCCUGGCAACAUCAUGAGCAUCUUAUCUCAAAGGUUUGGUGAGUUGAUGCGUAAGAUGUGGAACCAGCGAAACUUCAAGGCUCACGUCAGCCCUCAUGAGAUGUUACAAGCCAUCGUGCUGUGCAGCAAGAAGAGAUUCCAAAUCACAGAACAAGGUGAUCCUGUUGAUGUGCUAUCCUGGUUCAUCAAUGCGCUCCAUUCCUCACUGGCAGGCACUAAGAAACACAACAGCAGUAUCGUCUACAAGACGUUCCAGGGUAGGAUGAAAAUCUUCACCAAGAAGGUGCUUCCUGCGGACGUCUCAGAUGAGGAGAAGGCCAAACUACUCAAGACUGAAGAAUAUAAAGAGACGGAGCAAGAUCAACCGUUCCUCUUCCUAUCACUUGACAUCCCUCCUGCACCUCUCUUCAAGGAUGAGUUAGAACAGAACAUCAUUCCUCAGGUUCCACUUUCAUCACUCCUUGCCAAGUUUGAUGGGCAGACGGAGAAGGAGUACAAGACGUACAAGGAAUCAUUUGUCAAGCGCUAUCAGCUGACUCAGCUUCCACCAUACCUCAUCCUAUGCAUGAAACGCUUCACUAAGAAUACCUUCUUUGUAGAGAAAAAUCCCACCAUCGUCAACUUUCCUGUCAAGAAUAUUGACCUGGCAGAAAUGCUAUUAGAUGAACCUGAAGUUCUUGCAGCCCACAAGUACACGACCUAUGACCUGGUAGCCAAUAUCGUCCAUCAGGGUCAACCGGGCAGAGGCAAGGGGGCAUUCAAAGCCCAUGUAAUACACAGGCCGACAGGAAAGUGGUUUGAGAUUCAAGACUUGCAUGUGGCAGACAUUCUCCCGCAGUUGAUCACGCUAUCCGAGGCGUACAUUCAAAUAUGGGAACUAAGGAAAGACAAACCAAGAGCGGACAUCGUCAAAGCAACGCCAACAGUCACUAAGUCAUGACACUAGUUAGGUCCUGGUCCUCUUUGUUUUCCAUAUUCUUUUAGAUAUGUUGAGUUGUAAAUUGUGUAAAUAUUCCCAAAGCUUUCUACACAUCCUAGAUGUCCAUUCCAUUUUAUGUGCCUUUGAGAAGCUAUUUCAUUACAGGGUUUCCAUGGUCAUGGCAAAACCUGGAAAUUCAUGGAAAAUGAGGGGGAAAAGUCUCCAAAAGUCAUGGAAAGUCAUGUAAAUUGCUUGUAGAUGUAGGCCGUGUGUGGCUAUGGCAGCCUUCUAGUUUGAACCGACAAUGGGCGUGGUAUUCGUACGCCGCUUGGAUGCUGCAACCCAUACCAAAAUGGUACCUAUCUGGUCUAUGGGAACCCCAUUUUUAGCUGAGGUAACACAGAAAUAGUACAGUACUAGUGAUACAUGCAGUCAACAAGCUUCUUGGCAAACAGUAAAAUUAUCUGACUCUCUGUCAAACUUUAAGCUUUCCAGUAAUUCCACUAGGAAUAAUUUGAGAGGAUUAAAGCAUUUUCGUAGCCUAGAAGUACAGUGUAUGCAUUAAACAUAAGUAUUACACUUGGCUCACCACUAAAAAUUUACCCUGGGUAUUCCUUUUUUUUUAAAUCCGGGAGUGUUAUGUUUAGCAGGAAUACGAAGCUUGUGUGUAUGUCAACAGAAAGCUGAGAAACUUUCCCAAUUGUGAUUGUAAGAAUGGAAAAUUUGGAUGACGUCAGUCCAUGUCAUUAAAUAGGAUAGCUUUUUUUGCAAAUUGUCUUGUUUCCAGUCUUGUCAAUUAGAUGUAUAGUGUAUUUGUGAUCUGUUGCCUCAAAAUCGAUAAGUUGUCAGAAGCUAGUUUCAAACUACGUGCAUUUUCUGUAACCUCUACUUUCUUGGUAAACUUCCCAGAACCUACAUAAAUCCACUAUAAAUUAAUGAUUGCAUUUUUGUUUGCAAUAAAACCCCGUUAUACAUUCCUGUAACCAGACACACGUGUUCACAAUACCAAACGGUACCACCUCACAUUCUUUCAAAACAUCUCUUCAUAACAACCUUUCUUCUUACACAAUACUUGGUAUUCCCUGAAAGGCAACAAACCUUUUAAAAGUUUUUAGGUGGUUGGAGUCGUUUUAAAACCUGAAAUGCUAUUGGUACCGUAUUCUUAUUGGACAGAGUUCCCCCCCCCCCCCCCCCCACAAAAAAAAAGAUUUUUAAAAAUCACUGUUUGGCCAAUUUGCUUCUUUUUUUGCUAGAGCCGAGGCAAGCAAUUUAUUGAAUGCAGAAUUAGAACAGUAGGAUAUAGACAAAGAAUAUCAAAAAUUGAUGGAAACUGUUUUAGCACAGGAAAAGUCAUGCCAUGCAUAUUCAAGAAUACCUAUGUGAAUAGACCACUUUCAAAAUGUAUUCAAGUAUACCUUUUAACAAGCUAUUGCAUUCACCCAUUAUAUAUUAUUGCAUCUUAAUAGUCAGAGUGCAAUUUGCAUUCACAAGUUGCUGCUCGGUCAGACAAACAUAUUUGCCCUACCUUACAACCAAGAAUGUGUCCAAUUUGCAUUUCUGACUAUUGUAAUGCCAUUAAUAAUAUAAUUUGUAAUGAGGUACUUAAUAAAGAAAUGUGCAUUUGAUUUCAUUAUGAAAUUUGCUUAUUCAGAGACAGAUCAUGCAGUGUUUCUGUUCUGUGUUUAUGUUGACCAUUCAAAAAUAAUAAUUGAAAAGAUUCAAAAGGUAUAAAA